AGUGCUAUGGAGAAUCUCAUUUUGUGUCUAAAACGGUAAACCUCUCUAAAACCUCUCCUGAUUAUCCACAACCACUGCCAUCCUCGCAAAAUGCCCAACCUUCUCAAUUUCUUCUUCUCCUGAACUCCCCUCCACUUCUUCUUUCUUCUUUUUCGUCCAUGGCUUUUCCUCUCCCAAAACCUCGCCUGCCUCUACUCGCCAAGCUCAGCUCUUCUCCGCAGCUACGGAAGGUCUUCGUUGUCAGGUCUCCUACCCUUUACAAGCGCAGACAAAAGCCUCUAUUUCCUCUCAUCAAUGCGAUUAACACACAAAUGGGUCUCUCAGUCUCUGGAGCCACUAUCACUGGUAGGCCAGCUCAACGAAGAGAGGGUAUCGAAACGGAAAGCGACUCCAUUUCAGUCCUUAACGAGAGGAUUCGCCGGGAGCAGGGCAAGAGGGAGCUAACGAGGCCCGUAAUGGACUCCGAGGAGGCGGACAAGUACAUUCAGAUGGUGAAGGAGCAGCAGCAGAAGGGACUGCAGAAGCUCAAGGGGAAUAAGGAAGGGAAAGGAGGAAGAGAUGGAAGUGCUUUUAGCUACAAGGCUGACCCGUAUACUCUUCGUUCCGGCGAUUAUGUCGUGCAUAAGAAGGUGGGUGUUGGGCGGUUUGUUGGAAUCAAGUUCGAUGUUCAAAAGGGCUCCUCGGAGCCCAUUGAAUACGUCUUCAUAGAGUAUGCAGAUGGCAUGGCAAAGCUUCCUGUUAAGCAGGCGUCUCGUUUUCUCUAUCGAUACAAUCUACCAAAUGAAAGCAAAAGGCCUCGAACACUAAGCAAAUUGAGUGACACUAGCGUAUGGGAAAAACGAAAGAUUAAAGGAAAGGUUGCUAUUCAGAAAAUGGUUGUGGAUCUAAUGGAGUUGUAUUUACACAGACUGAAACAAAAGAGACCUCCCUAUCCAAAGAGUCCUGCCAUGGCUGAAUUUGCUGCCCAAUUUCCUUAUGAGCCUACUGUGGAUCAAAAACAGGCAUUCAUUGAUGUUGAGAGGGAUUUGACAGAAAGAGAAACUCCAAUGGACCGAUUAAUAUGCGGAGAUGUUGGGUUUGGUAAAACUGAGGUUGCACUACGUGCCAUCUUUUGUGUUGUCUCAGCAGGGAAGCAAGCAAUGGUUUUGGCACCAACUAUCGUUUUGGCCAAACAACAUUUUGAUGUUAUCUCAGAGAGGUUUUCCAAGUAUCCUAAUAUUAAAGUUGGACUCUUGAGUCGAUUUCAGACCAGGGCAGAGAAAGAGGAGCAUUUGAAUAUGAUAAGAAAUGGAGGUCUCGACAUUAUAGUGGGGACUCACUCACUUUUGGGAAGUCGUGUUGUGUAUAAUAAUCUAGGCCUUCUAGUGGUUGAUGAGGAACAGAGGUUUGGUGUAAAACAGAAGGAGAAGAUUGCUUCUUUCAAAACUUCGGUUGACGUUCUUACUCUCUCUGCAACACCUAUUCCAAGAACACUUUAUCUUGCACUGACUGGAUUUCGUGAUGCUAGUUUAAUCUCAACUCCACCUCCAGAAAGGGUUCCUAUUAGAACACAUCUUUCAGCAUCUGGUAAAGAGAAGGUAAUAGCAGCGAUAAAGUAUGAAUUGGAUCGUGGAGGCCAAGUUUUCUAUGUUUUGCCUCGAAUUAAAGGCCUUGAAGAAGUGAUGGAUUUUCUUGAACAAUCAUUUCCAGAUAUUGACAUAGCUAUUGCACAUGGGAAGCAAUAUUCGAAGCAACUUGAGGAUACAAUGGAGAGAUUUGCACAAGGUGAAAUUAAGAUUCUUAUAUGCACAAAUAUCGUAGAAAGUGGGCUUGAUAUUCAGAAUGCAAACACCAUCAUAAUUCAGGAUGUUCAACAAUUUGGUCUAGCACAGUUGUAUCAGCUGCGUGGAAGGGUGGGCCGUGCAGAUAAGGAAGCUCAUGCAUACUUAUUCUAUCCUGAUAAGUCACUGCUUUCUGAGCAAGCAUUGGAAAGGCUUGCAGCUCUCGAAGAAUGUCGUGAACUGGGUCAAGGUUUCCAACUUGCAGAAAGGGACAUGGGAAUUAGAGGCUUUGGUACAAUCUUCGGUGAGCAACAGACAGGAGAUGUAGGAAAUGUGGGCGUCGAUCUCUUCUUUGAAAUGCUUUUUGAAAGUUUGUCCAAGGUAGACGAGCAUUGCAUAGUAUCUGUUCCUUAUCAGUCAGUACAGAUUGAUAUAAAUAUAAACCCUCGUCUUCCUUCUGAGUACAUUAAUUAUCUGGAGAACCCCAUGGAAAUCAUCAACGAAGCUGAGGAGGCUGCUGAGAAUGAUAUUUGGAGUUUGAUGCAAUUCACUGAGAACCUACGCCGCCAAUAUGGAAAAGAGCCAUAUUCAAUGGAAAUUCUAUUGAAGAAGCUUUAUGUAAGGCGAAUGGCAGCAGAUCUUGGGAUUACCAGACUUUAUGCUUCAGGAAAAAUGGUUGGCAUGAGAACAAAGAUGAGUAAAAAGGUCUUCAAGCUUAUAACAGAUUCUAUGACAUCUGAUGUUUACCGAAAUACUUUGGUUUUCGAGGGAGAUCAAAUAAAGGCAGAACUUCUUUUGGAGCUACCAAGAGAACAACUACUCAAUUGGAUCUUCCAAUGCUUGGCUGAACUUCAUGCUUCACUUCCUGCUCUCAUCAAAUAUUAGAAUCCUUAUUCAGGGGGCACUCUGUUUAUCUUCCUAAACAUUGUGUAGCCCGUACUUAGGAGUUCACGCAGAGGGAACACACACCGAUUGAUUCUUCUUGGUGGUACCGUAAUGGUCUUUCAAAGCUGAGAUGCCCUUGUAUAGUAAUACAAAAAUUCUGUCAAGAAAAAUAGUUUAUUUGGUGAUGGUGAGAUGUAAUCAGAUGUACCUAAGCACUUUACCAGGACAUAAGAGGGAAAGCAAGCAACAUAAUGAACUUACACUUACAUUCUAACUGGCUGCUAUAGUAAAAGGACUGUUGGUUAGCCACGAUGAAUCUCUUGUUCGUGAGGGUUUGGUGUUUGUCCUCUUGAGGUGCAGAAGGGGUGAUCAUUUUUGUUGUCGAUUAUUUGAUACAUUGCAUAGAAAAUAGUCUUCUGAAAUCCGUAGACUUCAGGAAGAAGGCAGUCACUUUAUAAUGGUUCCAGAUUUUAGAUAGAUGUAAGAAAAAAGAGGGUGUGCCAUUAUUUUGUAUACUUGGAAUACACUCUGAAUUGUUUACAUAUUGUAUAACCAGCUAGGAAUGAAGUUAUAAGAAGAUAAACAGAUGUAAGGUGCAUUCUAGGAGACUCGGUACAUAACUUGUAUUUUAUCUGAUUAUUUAAAUUCAAUAAAAGCAUUAUAUAAUUGUUUCCCAU